AUGACUAUACGUUUGACUUAUAUCGACAAUGAUAUUAACAACAUUCAAGCGUCGUCGUUCAAAGCCAGGAUUCUCAGCAACAACGUAUCGGUCUGGGCUAGAGAACUGGCAAUUCCAAAACCAACAAUCGAAUACCAUCCCGAUUUCAAAGUUCUGAAAGCAAUUGUGAAGGUUUUUGAUGUUGACCCAGAAAGCCUAUGGUACCACUAUAGUCUGAAUGGUAGCUACUACCAUCGAAAGGCAUUACUAUGGAAGAAAAACACUAACGUGUAUGUGUUAGAGCAUCCAACGAUUAUAGCUUACUUCUAUUUCUCGACCACUCCUUGCACUGUGAUUUGCAAAGUGACAACUGUGUGGGAACCGCUGAAACGCUAUAUUACCGUAAUGAUAGAUGACAACAACAGAUUGUACAGACAAAUACCAUAUGCACUGGACCAGGACUUGAAUACUUGCUUUGAUUUGCCCACACCGGGGAAUUCCCCCUCUAUGUUGUGGCUGAUGAUUAAAGACUUGAGUCUAUUCAAUGUGAUGUCACAGAAAUUUGUAGUUCACGUGACUGGUGAAAACAUAGAGUGUUCUCGAGUUGGACAAAAAAUCUUACUUGUUGGAACAUCAGGACCUUCUAACAGUGACAAAUGUAUCCUCGAAUCGGAUAUCGCAAUCUGUAGGAUGUUUUCACAACGUUCCAAUUCUACAGCUCCUCAAUGUGACUUUGAAUGUGUAUGUGAAGACUUGCAGAAAUGUUCAAACGUUCAUGUUCUUAUGCAGAGCGCCAACAAGGAUGUCUGGAGGUUAUGUGAACUUAACAUAACUGAUGUGUUAUAG